UUACCUUUCCUCCCAUGCGUUACAAAAAAUUCAUUCAAACUCACAUCUUGUUAUUCUUAACCUCAUUGAAAAAGAAAAAGAAAUCCUUGUUGAUGAUCCUCUUAGAUAUGGUAGUUUCAUGUCAAUCAAUUCUUCCAAAUUCUUCUGACAUUCAUAGGACAUGCAAGCCUACCUCUGCUGACCAAAUCACUAAUAAUAAAAUUCCAGUGAUUGACAUGUUAGAUCCUCAAGCUAAAUUCCUUAUUACAAAAGCAUGUCAAGAGUUGGGAUUUUUUAAGGUUGUGAAUCAUGGUGUUCCUAUUGAAACGAUGACAAAAUUAGAAAGUGAUGCUGUCAAGUUUUUUAAUUUACCAGAGUGUGAGAAAGACAAAGUUGGUCCUGCUAACCCUUUUGGUUAUGGUAACAAAAGAAUUGGCUCAAACGGUGAUGUCGGUUGGGUUGAAUAUCUUCUCUUUGCUAUAAAUUCUGGACUUGUUUCAGAGAAAUCAACCAACAUCCCUGCAAAUUCUCAGUUUUUCUGGUCUGCUAUUAAUGAAUAUGUCACAGCAGUUAGAAAUCUAGCAUGUGUUGUGCUGGAAAAGAUAGCAGAUGGGUUGACAAUUGAGCCAAAGAAUGUGCUGAGUAAGCUGCUAAGGGAUGAAAAGAGUGACUCUUGUUUUAGGCUAAAUCACUAUCCACCAUGCACAGAACUUGAAGCAUUGAGUAGUGGUGGUAGAAAUUUUAUUGGUUUUGGUGAACAUACAGACCCACAAAUAAUAUCUAUUAUAAGGUCUAAUAACACAACUGGCCUUCAAAUCUCCCUUAGAGAUGGUGCAUGGAUCUCUGUUCCACCUGAUCAGCACUUCUUUUUCAUCAUUGUUGGUGAUUCCCUACAGGUAAUGACUAAUGGAAGGUUUAGGAGUGUAAAGCACAGAGUUUUAGCAAACAAUAUAAAGUCAAGAUUGUCCAUGAUUUAUUUUGGUGGACCUCCUUUGAGUGAAAAUAUAGCACCUUUAUCUUCUUUAAUGGAUGAAGGGGAGGAAAGUUUAUACAAGGAAUUUACAUGGCAUGAAUACAAGAAGUCUGCCUACAGGACAAGGUUGGGUGCUGAUAGACUAGGACUGUUUGAAAAAAAAAAUAUACCAUAUGGUCAAAUAUAGUCAAAUUUAGGGAAAAGUACUGUAGGAUUUUGUCAUCCAAUAGACAGGUUUGGAAAGAUUUGGGCCUUUGUUUGGGAAACCCAAGGUAGGAAAAACCAGGAUUUUGUUUUGUUGUUUCAUCACAUUGUGUUUUAAUAUAAACAACUACUGGUUGUACAAUAAAAUGCCAUGUAAUCA